CGAAACUCAAAUCCGAAUAUCCGUGGCUGCCAUGGCGAAGCGCAAGGGCGAGACCGACAUCGUGGACGAGCGCCAUGUCAUGCGCAUCAUGCCACUGGGCGCGGGCAAUGAGGUCGGCCGCUCGUGCAUCAUCCUCAAGUUCCAGGGCAAGACCAUCAUGCUCGACUGCGGCGUCCACCCGGGCUACUCGGGGCAUGGGUCGCUGCCGUUCUUCGACUCGAUCGAGGCCGAAGAGAUCGACUUGCUCCUCAUCACGCACUUCCACAUUGACCACGUGGCCGCGCUGCCGCACUUUACGGAGAAGACCAACUUUAAGGGCAAGAUCUUCAUGACGCACCCGACGAAAGCCGUCAUGCAGAUGAUGCUGCGCGACUUCCUCCGCGUCUCCAACAUUAGCGUCGACGACCAGAUCUACGACGACCGCGACCUCGCCAACUGCGUCGCCAAGGUCGAGAUCAUCGACUUUCACCAGGAAAAGAUGUUUAACGGCAUCAAGUUCACGCCGUACAACGCGGGCCAUGUGCUCGGCGCGUGCAUGUUUCUCAUCGAGAUUGGUGGCGUCAAGGUCCUGUACACGGGCGACUACUCGCUCGAGAACGACCGCCAUCUCAUGGCCGCCGAAAUCCCCGGCGUCUCGCCCGACGUGCUCAUUGUCGAGUCGACGUACGGCGUGCAGGUGCACCAGAGCGUCUUUGAACGCGAGGGCCGCUUCACGGGCCAGGUCGAGUCGGUUGUCCGUCGUGGCGGGCGCUGCUUGAUCCCAGUCUUUGCGCUGGGCCGGACGCAGGAGCUGCUGCUGAUCCUCGACGAGCACUGGCAGCAACACCCGGAUCUGCACGGCGUGCCCAUCUACUUUGCCUCCAAGCUCGCGGCCAAGGCGCUGCGCGUGUACCAGACGUACAUCAACAUGAUGAACGACCGCAUCCGCAAGCAAAUCUCAAUCUCCAACCCGUUUCAGUUUGAGCACAUCCACAACCUCAAGAGCCUCGAGGAUUUCGACGACUCGGGCCCGAGUGUCGUCAUGGCUUCGCCGGGUAUGCUGCAAUCGGGCGUCUCGCGCCAGCUCUUUGAGCGGUGGUGCACGGACAAGCGCAACGCGUGCUUGAUUCCAGGCUACGUGGUCGAGGGCACGCUGGCCAAAAAGAUCUUGUCCGAGCCGACGGAAAUCACAGCCAUGGACGGUCGCCUCCUCCCGAUGAACUGCUCGGUCGAGUACAUUAGUUUUUCGGCCCACGCCGACUUUGUGGGCACGUCGGGCUUUAUCGAAAAGGUGGCGCCCCCCAACAUUGUGCUCGUCCACGGCGAGAAGAAUGAAAUGAUGCGUCUCAAGUCGGCGUUGCACAAGAAGUUUCACAACCCCAAGGUGUACGCGCCGACGAUCCACACGCCGGCCAACACGCAAGAGAUUGUGCUCGAGUUUCGCGGCGAGAAGAUGGCCAAGGCCAUUGGCACGAUGGCGACCACGAUUGCCGGCCACCAAAAGCUCAAGGCCGUCGACAAGAAGAUCCCGAUCAGCGGUCUCCUCGUCGAGCACGACUUUCACACGCACAUCAUGGAGAAGGACGACCUCGCGCAGUACACGUCCAACUUGCUCGUCGGCACGAUCGCCCAGCGCCAGCACGUGCCCUUUGUGCACCAGCCGUUUGACGUGCUCGUGGCCAUGAUCCAGCAAAUGUACGCGGACGUAACUGUGACGGCCGACACGGUCGUCGUCAACGGACAAGUCAUGGUGACGCACUGCCCGCCGGAGAAGGUGCUCAUCGAGUGGAGCGCCGAGCCGACAGCCGACAUGAUUGCCGACUCGGUGGUCGCGCUGACCAUGCACGCGCAGGCGAGUCCCGCGAGCUUCAAGAUUAGCAUGCACCCCCACGCGGCGUGCAAGCACGACCACCGCCCCAAGACGAGCGAGGCAUCGGACGAGGCGGUCAAGGUCGAGGAAGGCGUCGAGCCGCUCGAAGCCGAUGUGAUUGAAGACGAGGGGUUGCAGGCGGCGGUCGAGACGCUCGCGGACGAAGGCGACCUGGAGGCCCUCCAGCUCAUCUUGGUCUACCGCGUUCUCAAGGACCAGUACGGCCAGGUGGAGCUCGACCACGCGACGAACGUGAUCUCGAUCAUCACGCCGAGCGGGGCCAUGGCCAGUAUCCACUACUUUGAGAAACAGCCGCACGACCGCGUCGAGUGCGAGAACACGGCGCUGUACGAGAAGCUGCUCGAGACGCUCGCCAAGCUCGACCAGGCGCUUUUGCCCGUGCCCAAGGACGCCUAAGUCACGAGGCGCUGCAUUUCUAUCAAAACCAACUAAUCUCUCGACGAGAUCAUCUCGUGUAAACAUAUUGUGAAUUGUUCCGAGUUAUCGC